AUGUAUGUCUACACCCUUUCCUGAGUUCUUCACCACAAUAAUUACAACAACUCUCUUCUCUAUCCUUUUUUUGCCAUGGCUUCUUCUUCUACUACUUCUAGCAACUCGAGAUACGAUGUUUUCCCGAGCUUUCGUGGAGAAGAUGUCCGAGACGCAUUCCUCAGCCAUCUUCUCAUGGGGCUUGAACGCAACUUUAUCACUACAUUCAUCGACAACCGCAUCGACAGAAGCCACCCUAUCGGACCUGAGCUUUUACUGGCGAUAAAAGAAUCGAGAAUCGCGAUAGUCAUCUUCUCUAAGAACUACGCCUCGUCAACAUGGUGUUUGAACGAACUGGUGGAGAUCCACAAGUGCUUUAAGGAUCUGGAUCAGAUGGUGAUACCGAUAUUUUACCAUGUCGAUCCUUCUGAGGUUAGAAAGCAGACUGGUGAAUUUGGCGAGAGGUUUAAAGAAACAUGCAAAGACAAAACAGAAGAGGACAGAGAAAAGUGGAUUCGAGCACUAACAGAUGUAGCAAACUUGGCCGGAGAGGAUUCUAAAAAUUGGAUGGUUGAAGGCGAAGCAAAAAUGAUUGAACACAUAGCUAAGGAUGUGUUCAAUAAACUUAUGAUACCACCAAAUGAUUUUAGUGCCAUUGUGGGGAUUGAAGCUCAUUUUGAGAGGUUGAAUUCGCUUUUGUGUUUGGAAUCUGAGGAGGUUAGAAGGGUAGGAAUUUGGGGGACUUCAGGGGUAGGUAAGAGUACCAUAGGAAGAGCUCUUUUUAGUCGACUCUCUAGCCUAUUCCACAAACAUGCUUUCUUCGUCUCUUACAAGAGUAAAGAAAAGUGGGAUGCUAGUAAAAUGAAGUUGCGUUUGGAUGAACGACUUCUGUCGGAAAUUUUGUGUCAAAAGGACGUAAAGAUAAGUCAUCCAGGUGUGGCAAAACAAAGGCUAAUGCAUAAGAAAGUUCUUAUCAUCGUUGAUGAUGUGGAUGAUGUCGAAGUGCUAAACACCUUGAUGGAUCAAACUGGUUUGGUUGGUUCCGGGAGCAGAAUCGUUGUGAUAACUCAAGAUAGGAAACUUUUAAAGUCUCAAAAGAUUGAGCUCAUUUAUGAGGUUGAGCUCCCAUCGUACGAUUUGGCUAUGCAGAUGUUUUGUCGAUCUGCGUUUGGGAAAGACUCUCCGCCUCAUGGUUUUGAAGAACUCGCGGAGGAAGUUGCAUUGCAUUCAAGUAACCUCCCUUUAGGUCUAAGUGUCUUGGGUUCGUCGUUGAAAGGGAUGAACAAGGAGGAGUGGGUGGAGAUGAUGCCUAGUCUCUUGGAGAGUUUGGAUGGGAAAAUUAGGAAUACACUACAAGUCAGCUAUGAUAGGUUAGAUGGCAAAAGGCAAGAAUUAUUCCUUUGCAUUGCAUGCCUACCCGAUGGUCGCGACGUCAAUUUCUUUAAAGACUUGCUCGGAGAUAGUGCUGAAAUUGGGAUCAAGAUACUGUGUGACAAGUCUCUAAUACGUAGGGAAUCAACAGGAAUUGUUCAAAUGCACAGUUUGUUACAGAAGUUGGGUAAAGAAAUCGAUCUUGCAGAGCCCAUCAACAAUCGUAGGUUCUUGACGGAAACUGAGGAUACACUUGAUGUACUUACCGAUACUACUGGCACAAAGAAUGCUCUAGCCAUGUAUUUGAACAUGUCGGAAAUCAACGAGUCAUUGUCUAUAGAAAAAAAAUCAUUUAAAGGAAUGUGUAAUCUGAAAUUACUAAACUUUUACAAAUCCUUGUGGGCAAGGGAGACUGGUGAAGGCAGAUUGUCUUUACCUGAUCGAGGCCUGGAUCAUUUUCCACGCAAACUCAGAUUUCUACGUUGGGAUGAAUAUCCAUCCAAGUGUAUGCCUUCCCACUUUAGAGUGGAAAGUCUGGUUGAACUCAGAAUGGAGUAUAGUAAGCUUGAGAAGUUGUGGGAAGGAACUCAGUUACUUGGAAGUCUGAAGGAGAUGGAUAUGAGUUAUUCUGCAGAUUUGAAAGAGAUUCCAGAUCUUUCAAAAGCCAUAAAUGUCAAGGAAUUGAAGCUUUGGGGAUGCUCAUCUUUGGUGGCACUUCCUUCCUCAAUUGGAAAUCUCAGUAAACUGUCUGAAUUAGACAUGUCGAAAUGCUCAAACCUUAACUUUCUGCCAACUGACAUCGACUUGGAAUCUCUUAAACUCCUCAAUCUUAAUGUAUGUUCAAAGUUGAGAACGUUUCCUUGUAUAUCAAGGAACAUUACAUCGCUUUACCUAGAAGAAACUGCAUUAGAAGGAGAAGAAGAUAGUUCUUGGAUUGAGAAUAUCCCUAACCUUAAAGAACUCUAUUGGGAUGAUGUUCCAUUGAGUUGUAUGCCACCUAAUUUCAACCCAAAAGAUAUAGAGUACCUUGUAAUGAGUAGUGGCAGGCUUAAGAAGUUAUGGGGAGGGGUCAAGUCCCUUGGAAAACUUUGGGCGAUGCAUUUAUCAGGAUGUGAAAGCCUCGUUGAAAUUCCAGAUCUUUCAAUGGCCAUCAACCUUAGGUAUUUGGAACUCAAAAAUUGUAAAAGCUUGGUGAUGCUUCCUUCUUCAGUUAGGAAUCUCUACCAACUCAAGCGCUUGAACAUGGAAGGGUGCACAAUGCUUGAGGUUCUACCAGUCGACAUCAACUUGGUUACUCUUAAAGAACUCUAUCUCAGUGGAUGUUCAAAAUUGAGAGAUUUUCCUCGGAUUUCAACCGGCAUUAUUCAUCUAUAUCUAGAUGACACUGCCAUUGAAGAGAUUCCUUCCUGGAUUAAAAACAUGUCUCGUCUCAGGAAACUAACAAUGCGUCGGUGCAAAAAUUUAAAGAAUAUCUCCGCAGAGAUUUUUAAAUUGGAAUGUGAUAAGGCAGACUUUUCAGAUUGUGGAGGAAUCACCACAAUCUCUGAUCACUUACCAGGGCGGCCACACAGUGAUGUCUUUAAUAUUUCUUCAUAUAUUUCUUUCAGAUUUCCGCAAGUGGCUCCUUUCAAGUUCCAUAAUUGCUUCAAUUUGGAUGGAGAUGCACAAGAAAUCAUUAUACAAUCAUACCCAAAGAUGGCCGUUAUACCAGGUGGAGAAGUGCCUAUGUAUUUCACACAUCGAACUUGUGGAAGUUCCCUAAGUAUCCUCUUACCCGAGAGCUCUCUUUCUCAAGAAUCUAUAUUACUUAAAACUUGCAUCGUGGUUGGACCUUCAAGUCACUACCCCGCCAGAUUAACAGUUCGUCAGUCCUUUCGAGGCCAAAAGGAAGAGAUUCUUUGUGACGUUAUAGUGGACGCAUGCACGUACGAGAUGGAUCAUCUAGUUUUGUUCUUCUUACGUUUAAAAAUAAAACGAGUGGAUAACUCGCCAUCUGAAAGGAACGACAACGUUCUAAUACUUGAGUUUUAUAAAAGCCAUUAUGAUGGAUAUUAUGAAGGGUGUUCCUGCGGCAGCCACCAACAAAAUUCUAGACAUGAAGAGAUAAAAGGAUGCGGUGCACGAGUCAUGAAUAUCUCAGAAACUGACUUUAGAGAAAGUGAUGAAGAGCGUAACAGAAGCAAGAAGAAGAUGCGGAUGACAGUUCUCACAUCUCAAUAGCAUUUCAACUCUCUUUCCAUCCAAAUUUGGAGGUUUCCAUGGGGUUGGCGGGAGCAUCUGGUGAGGUAUCUUUUGGAAGAAAAGUGCGCUCACACCUUCGAGGAAGUUUUGUGGUGAUGGAGCAUAUAUGUUCUUUUGACUCGUGUCUUGGCGGAGAAUCUUUGCAUUUUGAACCCAUGAUAAUUGCGCAACAUAGCUUAUAGACUUUUUCACCUAUAGGUGAAGUAUUUCCUUCCGUCAUAAAGAAAUAAGUUUGAUGAAUGCUUGAGUUGGGUUUAGUCACCCAAAUGUAAAAAGAAAAUUUAUACCAAUUAAUGAUUACGUGUGAAUUUUGGUUUUGUUCGGUUCGUCACUCAAAUUUACGUGUGAUAAGGGCAUCCACACUAAUAAACCCAUAGUGGGAUUCAUGGUUUUAUUUUUUAUUCUUUUUCUCUUUUUUUG